CCCAGUUUUAGUACACCCACACUACUGUCCCCAGACACACGUGACCACGCUUUUUAUAUUAAAGGUGUAUACUUUGAUCGGCUCGUCAGUUCACUCAGGCUCGCAAAACAAACCACGUCAGCUCUCCCAGCAACCCAUUGCACAGAGAUAGAGCCAAGCAUUCCCUUUGAUAAAAGUACCUCGCCAGCUCUGUCGUGAAAUUCACAUUAUCGCGGCCGGUUAAUCGAGAAGGGUUUUUUUUUCUUUCCCCUCUUUCAGUAACUCUCCCUGGGGUAGGCGUCAGCCUGGACCGCACGGUUGACGAGAAUUGAUAGUUGGAAAAUGGGGUCGAGUUUCAUCAACGCUCUAGUCAGCCGACUCGACGCAGUCUUGCCCAACCGCAUGGGUCAUUCCUUAGCCGAGGUUGAGCUAGACUCGCAGUUCAUCAUCACAACAAACCUCAUACUCAAGAACUGCAAGCCGAAUGAGUUCAACGGGCAUCAGGACUUUUUUUCCGACAUCCUCAAAGCCUUACUUUCAAUCUUGGAGAAGUUGAACAUAGACCCGCAAACGCAAAAGCUUAUAGACAGAAGCACAAAUGUGUUAUCUUCCACGGUCAUCCUCACCAGACUCUUGCGCAUCAUUGCAAUCACCAAAUGGGACCCUGAGGGCAACUACUCUCAAAAGGAAGAUCUGUCUAUGGAUGUGGGCAUAAACUUUGACAUCGAAUCGAACAUUGCACAUGACAUAUUUGAUCUUUACGCCCAUAAAGAGCCUCCCGCAGUUAACAUCGAUACAGGCCAUGUGCUCGGAGUUCUUUUUAAGAUACUAUCGCCCGAGAUCAACAUUCAGGGACUUUCGGACAUCUGUAAAUUCAAACCCGUGCCUCGAGAUGUUGCGUACAGUGUCUCUCCCCAGCUUGGUCUUCUGGCCCAAGAACUCCGCUCUCAAAUUCUAGAGAUCGACUCAAACAUACUGAUUCUCAUACGUUAUAUCGCAGCAUCCAACCCGCCCGACUAUGCAAAUUUCGUGAAGCAGAGACUCUUUUCAUACGUGAAUCGUGGUGAGAAUAUACCACUUGCAGCGCUACAGCGGUAUGCAUGUCUGUUGAUGUUCGUCUAUUGCACGCCAAACAAUACCAGUUUCUAUCUCAAGCUGGUAUACAGUGCGAUUCCCUAUAUUCGCUCAAUGACUUGGAAGCAGCUAUUUCUACAUUAUGAGUCCAUUAAUCUACGAAUUCAGUGCAUCAACAAGCCCGGUUUUUACUCAAAUGUAAUUUACGCCGGAAGCUCUGCAGAGCAGGAAUGCAAGAUCAUCUUCGACUAUAUUUCCACAGCAAUUGAAAAUGAAUCAAAUACCAAUACAUCGUUAUUGUCAUGGUAUGUUGUUCUUUGUCCGUCUGGAUUUGAUGAACUUUUACUGAAAUCAGGAAAGCUUAAGCAAGUAUUCAAUAAGAGGGUUAAGUUCUUACACUCGAUAUUGAAAGAUUCGCACGCAGGAGCUGAUCUAGAUUGUUUCGAAUCUUUGAUCAGUAUCUUCUUAUGGGCGUCUCUAUUGCCUGAGAAUGAAGGUGCUGUGAGAAAGUUCAGCAAUAGGUAUCUCGAUGAUACUUUUCAGAAUUUUUCUAAAAUGCGACUGAAAUGUGUCACUGACUCACUUCUUGCUCGCUUCAGAAGCUUGCACCAAAAGUUGUUUACUGCAGCUAUUGCCAUCAAUCCUGAUAAGUAUAUAUCGAUUUUCAUUGGUGAGUUCCAGGAGAAGCACGAGCUUCAAGCCCUGGUUUUCUACGAUAAGUCCAAAACAAUCGAUUCACAUGAUCUUUUAGAGGUUAUUAUGGCUCUAUCUUGCCAUAGCAGGUAUCGUGAUACGGUCAAUCACCUUAUGCGACAAAUUAAUGCGACCCUAUCCAAUAUCAUGCACUGUUGUGCUCAAAUUUUAUGUCAGAAAAACGCACCAAUGUCAAAAACACGUUCGCUUUGCAGCAGUUCCGAUGUCGACAACAUUGACCAGGAUGAUCAAGAAACAAAUCCAAACUUCUGGACAAGGCCUUACGGCAGCCAGGUACCUGAAGACCAGGUGUUUAUGAUUCAGAAUAUUCUAAGAUUGACGCUCGACAUUUAUACUAAAAGUCCUCUUUUUUUCAUGCAGUUUCAAUUUAAGAAUAGUGGCGGCACCAGAGAUGAAAAGGCGCAUGAAAUGCUUAAGUUUUCAGAUGCUGUAUUUGUUCCUUUGAACGUGGCCAUUCAUUCUCAAAGUACAACUUCCAGAAGUAUGUUCAAAUCAGCUUGCAAGUUGUCUAUGAGAUUGUUACAAGUUGGAAACGAAAUGGAUUCAACCGAUGAGGUGCAUUGUAUUAGUACCAUGAUCUCUCACAAUGUGAUUUAUAGCACGUGCGAAGUCAUUGGAUCUCUCUCCUACCCAGCAUUCAAGGAAUACUACAUAUCCCUCAAAAGUUUUCUUUUAGAGAGGAUCGAGUCCCCCUUGCGCGCUCAAAAGAAUGACUUUUACCAGAGCAAAUGGACACAUAUCGGUUGUGAAAGAGUUUGCACUUCUUUGGACAAGCUUUUGAUGCUUUGCUUAUGCACUCAUGAUAUCCAGUUCUUCAGCUUACUCAAGCUAUCUAUCAAAGCACAUUCCUUUGAAACAUGCGCGACUAGAAGUGGAUUCAACUGUUUUCAAAAUUCUCUUGCCGAAUCUUUCUGUGACGUUAUGGGAGAUGAUAUUGUGUUCACCGGAUUUGUCUCUCUCCAUAAAAAGUUCAAGUCUAUUUUGGCCGACUUCAAGCCCACCAGAGGUUUGUAUGAAGCCUGGUUAAUGAUUUACAACAGAUGGGUGGAAAUGGUUGAUGACAAAACUGGUGCAACUGAUGAUAACUUCACAUUCAAACAUUACACGGAGUUUUUAGCGACUACUUCUGGUUGCUUUUUGGGCUCAAUGUUCGAAGAAAGCGGAAUUGGUCCUCAAGAGCUAGCAACAACCGUAAUAUCAUCUUUCUAUGAUAGAGCUGUUGCAUUGCUCAAUUGUGAAGAGCUCUUUAUCCGAGUUGUUAUCCGCGAGGCACUAUCUACUGAGACUCACUCGGAGGUUUAUCAAUUGAUAUACGAUAAGAUUAUGAAUUCUGUCAGGGUAUACAAAGAUGUGAGCAGCGUUUCAGCAGAAUCUGUACUUUUUUUCGAAGAGGCAGUAUCAAUAUUCACAUCCAUUCUCAACAUUAAGUCUGAGGGGGCUUUCAUUUUGGCAGCAUUAUUGCCAGAAGUUAUUGAGAUAUUCUUUGAAUAUGUCGAUAUCGUCCCAAAUCUGAUUGAUCAGAUAAAAUUGAAGCUUCGCUUAUGCAAACUCACUUACGUUAUGUCAGCCCUGAGAGACAACUUCGGAAUUUCUGGUGCGUACAAGCUUAGAAAUAAAUUCGCCAAGAUUGCGGCUGACUGGCUUGACUCCGCAGCUUCUUAUAGCACAGAUUUAUCGAAUGACUCAACUACUAUCGCAUCUUCAAAUGGGCGAGCUUCUGAUGUUGAGUUUCUACAAAUUGAACUUGCUGCAGAAUGUGCGAAAAGCUUUUCAUUGCAGCUUCAGAAUUUGGUCUUAACUGUCCCUGAUGGCACGAAAGAGAGCAAUUUCGAACAGGCAAAGAUCCUUGUUUUCUCGAACUUUUUCUCCAUAUUCUACAAGAUUUUUCAAAAAUUCAACGGCAAUGACCCAUCUCCAUUGGUCAUCAAGUCCAAGUUCAAGAUACAAACGAUCACAGAGCAUGUCUUGAAGGCGAUUUCAAAUAUGCUUAGGGCAAAUGUGGGAAUUGGAUUAGAAUUCGCCAUACCUUUGGGCUACCAUGAAAACAACAAAAUAAGAUCCAUUUUCUUAGAUAUCUUUGCCACCACACUUUCAGCUGGAAAACUAAAGCUUGGGGAGGAAGAGUUUUCAGAUUCAACAGUCUAUCGAAUGUCAGAAAUCAUUGAGGUAUAUGGAGCCGCGGCACGAGUCGCGUCCCCCGCUGAGCACAACCUCUUGGCAACUUCUUUAAACGGGCUUUUUGGAUAUACGAAAGGCCUCGAUAAGUUAUUUCUCAUCCUUUUGGAAGUCGAAAUGCAAAGUGUGAAUCGAGCCUCGGAUAUAUUUCGCGGAAAUUCCACAUUAACACGACUUAUGUCAAUAUUCGCUAAAGAAUAUGGAGCGCCUUAUCUAUCGGUUGUUUUGCGACCUUUUGUGGAAGAAAUGGUCCAGCACAAUGUGAUUUUUGAGGUAGAGAGAGAUGGCAAAAAAGAAGACGUCGAUCUUUUUUUCAAAUAUCUUCGAAAAUUAGUGAAGAGUGUUGUAAACUCUAUACCAUGGGUCCCUGAAGCAUUUAAAUUUAUUUGCUUCGAGAUUCACAGAUGUGUUGGUAAAAAAUUUGACGAAUCAUCGCUCAUUGCAGUGGGUUCCUUCUUGUUCCUUCGCUUUUUUUGUCCAGCUAUAGUGUGCCCUGAGUCAUUUUUUGAUAUUACUUCAGUUGACAUAAGAGUCAAAAGAUCAUUGAUGCAAAUUGUGAAGGCCAUACAGUAUAUGGCGAAUGGAUCAAUAUUGAAUUUGAAAUGGGCUUCCUUGGCGACAAGGUCAGCAGAAAUGAACGACCUCAAUGCCGAAAUCUUUGCAUUCAUGGAGAAAAUCGCCGCUGAAAGGAGUAAUGAAAAUUACGUUUUUCAUGUAACACUGCUGAAACCGCUCACAUGCUUGAGGUAUGUUCACAAGUUUUUCUACGCUUAUUUUGUUGAGAUUCGGCACAAUUUUCUCGUGGGGAACCAGUCGUCCGAUGAAAAAUGCCUCCAGCAAAAUAUCUUGGCUUGGCGAAAGCUUGAUAAAAUUAUGAGUGAGCUCGGGAAUCCUAAGCCAGCAAUUUCUUUGCAAGGCACAAAGUCAUACAAGAGUAUCGAUGCUCAGUCCAACAUAGGAAAUUCUCAGUUCACAGAAUUCAUGGCCAAAAUGUCUGCGAAGAACAUUGAAACCUCAAUCGAAACUCCGAUUGUUAAAAAUUUUGUUUUUCAUGAUGGUACUCCUGUCGUUGUGGUUACAUUCAGAUACAUAAAAGAGAUAUCUUAUGAUGUCAGCACAAUGGUAUACUUGUUGUUGGAAACUGUGAGUCAGAUAUGGGAAAAUCAAUUCUAUUGCGUCAUCGACUUGACUCAGUUCUAUUUUAUGGAGAUCUUUGGGAAAGAUAUUGCUAAUUUGUUGAAAACAUAUGCUCCCAGGGUAUUUUUCAGAAAUUGCAAGCGAACUUAUUAUUACAACUUACCACGGCCUUCUUAUUUGGCGAUUAUUGAUUCAUGGACCGACUUCCGACCCCAAAAUAAUGUUGAACGCUCGAUAUCCUUCUAUUCCGAACAAGACAGCUCUGAGAUGAUUGAAUCAUUAUGUCUCAGUGAGGCCACAAUGGCCAUCCCCCAGGAUGUCAAAUUUGUUUGCAAGUCUUGUAAGCUCUACGACGAUAAAAUGAGUAUGUUUACGAAUGUGACCCUUAGGCUUGGGAGACUGUGGCUUCUGAUAUGCUUUGAAAGAAUGAAUUUGGAUCGAGAUUAUAGCCCAACGAAGUCAAUUGCUCCUGUUGAGGUUCUCAGAUUGACGGAUCUCAUAAAAUGUGAAAUUUCAAACAAAAGCGGUGAGAACAAUGAGUUCACCCUCUAUCUCAAUAAGUUCAACUAUCAGGUCACCCUCGUCACACCACAAAGGGAAGAAGUGCUUCGAUUCUUGUACUUCGCGAUGCUUCGGUCCUCCAAGAAAUCCAAGAGUUCGAGAUCCGCUGCGCAAAAAUCAGAGCUCGAGCAAUCUCAAAGAUUCAGUGCUUUGGCAACAUUGCUGUUCCAUGGAUUACUUCAAUCGAAUGACGAGGUCCGAGUUGCUGCUUCUAAGCUUUUGAAAUCUUUCUCCUCCUAUUACAAUAUCACAUUCGACUCAUCCAGCAGAUAUUUUAGCAAAGCAUCGUUUCCUGUGGAUAUGACUGAUUUUGUGGUGUCCUAUUCGUCAAGCCUUGCUGAUCACUUCCCUCAGUAUUCGCAUGAGUUCCUAAGGAGUUUCUUUGCAAACUUUGACAAAUUCACAGCAAGCUCCAAAAUUUCGGGGGUUAUGUAUAUAUCACCCUGGGUUGUGAAUCUUCAUGAACAUAUUUCAAAGGAGAUCGAUGGAGUGGAAAAGAUGUCGUUCAUUGUGCGUCAAUUAUGCAAAAUCACAACGAAAAAUCCUCUUAUUUUAUCAUUCAUGAAAGAACUUAUUUGGAAAAAGAUAUUCAGAGAUAUGAGAAUGACAACCAUUCUUGUGGACGAAUUGGUUGCUAUAGCUAUGGAGAUUGCAUCAGAAAGUGAUGACUGGAACAUUAUUAUCUCUGUUUUCCAUCCCAGUGUUGAACUAUGUGGAGAGCUCGUCUCAAGACUCCAUAAUUGCAUCUACAAGACUAAAAAAGGAGAUUCUGCGAUUGUUAUUCAGAGCAAAAUCUCGGAAAUAUCCAUUUUGAUCAAGAUAUGCUCAUCUUUGUUCUUUGACUCAUUCGUUUAUGGGUCGUUAUAUUUGCUGGAUGUGUUCCUCUUUUGCACGCUUUUCAUAGACCGGUCUGAUCUCGACUUUGGUCAUGAUUUGCAAAGUCUCGUUUUGAGCACUAUCCAGUCUUUUUCAUGUAAGCCUCUGUUAGGAGACGAACAGGUAGACUUGAUCAAUGAGACAGUUGAAUACUUCAGUAGCCAGAGGGCCAAAAUGUUGUUCGGAUUGACAACUAAAGAACGUGGUGCACACAUUGACUUUUCUCAGAACUACGAGAGAGCAUUAUCCUUCGAGCACCUCUGUGAUUAUCUCAAUAACUUUAUGUCGAAAAUUGGCUCCGCUGACGAUAAAAAGUAUUGGAUUUCACGUUGGUCUUCGCUUUCGAAAGACAUAGCUUUCAGCGAUUCAUUUUUCCAAAUGAGGGCAUACACUAUCGUUUGUACAUUGGCUCGUUCAGGAAUAAGCGAUUCUGUAGGAGGAAGAAUAAUGGAAGUACUUACAGGUCAGCUGUUCGACGAUCCUGCCUCUUUCUUUGAAGGAUCUGUUUGUUUUCUCCGUUUGAUGCAAGGCUUGGUUAGUGACUCAGUUUACUUACCACUUCUUGUAUGGGUAAUAGCAGGUGCGUUACUUCUGGAGUUUCCUCUUAAUUAUCAAGCUAUGAUCUCCUCGUUAGGAAAAAGCUUCGAGAAGAUGAUUUUUGACGAAGCAUUUACAUGCAAAGUUUUCGCAAUCAGAUCCAACCUAGAGCCUUUGAUAAGUCUGUUCGAGGAAAGGGUUGAUAUUAAAAUUCGUCGAGAGAACUAUGAAUUUGUCUUUCUUUUCUUGAUCUCAAAAGGCUUGAUUGUCUCUCAAGUUAGGCACACUUCCAUUAACACGAUUAGACGAAGUUUGCUUGCGAAAGGACAACGCCAAGGCGGUCACAUUUUGAAAGCGAAAAGUUCGGAUGAUUUUGUGCUUGCAUAUCUCCUUGUCUAUUAUCUUUCUGUCCCUGAUUCGACAUUCCAAACUCUUUUGUCUGAACUUGGCCUAGAAGGUGUACCUCUCACUCAACUCGGGAGGGACAAGAUCCCAGAUGCUUUACUAGAUGGUAUAUGCUCUCUGUGUGAGUCGUUACACUUGGGGCUCGUGUUGGCUGCUCACAUAUUUAUUGGCGAAUGUGAGCAGAUUUUCAAAUUCAAAUUCAUCGCACUUUACGCAAUGAUUCUCGAGCGACUGAGGGACUCGGCCCUAAUGAUUUAUCACAUUAUUCAAGCAAAAUUGGAAGAAUCUUUCAUAAACGCCGCUUCCAAUUCUCUCACAAAUGACAUUUCAGUGAUUCUAAUGAGAAUUGUUAGAGACCGGAGCUACAAUCCUAAGAUUUGGCAAGAAAAAAUUGCUGUCUCCCUCAGAAAGAUAGAAGUCUUUAAUGUGGAUACGAUUCACCAAUUUGAGCUGCUUAAUGGUGCAACUGAGUCUGUGCAGCGCAUGACAAUUGUCAGACAAAUGUUCUACCGUAAUUUAUGCAGCGUCACUGAUGGGCUGAAAUUAGAGAAGUUCUGAGUGAAUUGAGGUUUGAUGUUGACUGAUCUUCUUUCUGAUUUUGAUUUCGCGGUUGGGUAUGUUGUUCUUCCUUCUAUAUACUCUCUACAAGUAAUUCUAUCCAAUAUGAUUGAGGUGCUUUGAUU